GACUCACAUAAUCACAUUAAUCAACUCAACAACCAUAACACCAAAGCCUCAAAAGUCAAUCAAAUCAAAGUUUCCAAAAAUCUUCUCUUGAUCAAUGGCUUAUUCUGCUGCUACGUCUCUCGAAUCGAUCUCUAUGACAAAUCUCAACAAUCUCUCCCGUAACAACCAUCACUUUAUUAAUCGCAGCUCUCUUCUGGGUUUCUCCAGAUCUUUCCAAAACCUUGGAAUCUCAUCUAACGGUCCAGAUUUCUUCACCCGAUCGAGAUCUACUACCAAGAACCUCAACGUUACUCGAGCUUUCUUCUGGAACUGGGGCAAGAAGACUGAAAUCCCCAGACCAAGCAAGAUCCAAGAACUGAACGUGCACGAGCUAAACGAAGGAGAUAGAAACAGUCCAGCAGUUCUAAAACUCGGCAAGAAACCAACUGAGCUCUGUCUCGGCGAUCUUGUACCAUUCACAAACAAACUCUACACAGGCGAUCUCAAGAAACGCGUGGGGAUCACGGCAGGUCUCUGCGUUUUGAUUCAACACGUUCCUGAAAAGAGCGGCGACAGAUUCGAAGCGUCUUACAGCUUCUACUUCGGUGACUAUGGCCACUUGUCCGUACAAGGACCGUACUUGACUUACGAGGACACGUUCCUAGCCGUCACUGGUGGCUCCGGAAUCUUUGAAGGUGCGUAUGGACAAGUUAAGCUUCAACAGCUUGUGUACCCUACGAAACUGUUCUACACUUUUU